CUUGCAGUCAGGUUCGGUAAAAAAGAGACUUAUUUGAGAGAAUGAACUUAUUAGUAGCCUACGUGACACAUUCCAGUUGAUUCCCAUGGCUUUAGAGGUAGGUUAUUGUCGCUGUUUGGCCAGGUCCCCUGUGCGUUCCGGCGACUUUGCAUAGAUCGCAUCUGUAUUUCCGGAUCUUUUAUUACUGCUAUUCUUAUAAUGCAAGUGCGCUUUACUUCCUCCUUCAAAACGAAUAGAGGAACUGACCAUUUGCUGUUCCGUCAAGCUUGCAAUUGUGAGCGACAUUAUUUAGAACUAACGGGCAGAAGAUGAACAACUUUGCAUGAGAUAUUGGGCUCCAACUUUUCUAAAGAAUUGUUCAUCAGAUUUGGGUGCUGCGAUGGCAGGGCUGGGGCACCAGCAGGGCGAGAUGACGGAGUACAAGAAGAGCCUGAUCAAGCGUGACCUGGAGAUGGGCAUCGUCAUGACCGUCUUCCGCCAGAAGACGGAGCGGCUCACCGUGCAGGUCAUCAUGGAGACCAAGCAGGUGGCGUGGACCCGCACGGCGGACAAAAUCGACGGAGUGUUGGACCUUUCAGAGAUUCGAGAGGUUCGACCUGGCAGAAACUCUAAGGAUUUCGAGCGCUUUAAGGACUCGAAGUGCAAGCAUGAUGAGAACACCUGCUUUACAAUCUUCUAUGGGUCUCAGUUUGUGCUCAAUACCCUGAGUCUAGGAGCGGACACUGUGUCAGAAGCAGAGAAGUGGCUGAUUGGCUUGGAGCUCCUGAGAGAGGAGGCACUGGAGGCUCCUACACCAGACAUUAUUGAAAGUUGGUUGAGGAAACAGAUGUACUCAGUUGAUCAGUCGAAAAGGAACAGAGUCUCAUUGAAGGAGCUGAAAUCUCUUCUGCCACAAGUUAACUUGAAGGUCCCUAGCUCACGAUUCCUGAAGGACAGAUUUGGGGAGGUUGGAGCAAAGAAAGAUGUGUUGGACUUUGAGCAGUUUCAUAAAUUCUACAAUUAUUUAAUGUUUGAAAAUCAGAAGACUAUUCUGGAUGAGUUUAAAAAGGAGUCUUGUGCGUUUAUAAUGGGGAACACGGAUCGUCCAGACGCCUCAGCUGUCCUGCUUUAUGACUUCCAGCGCUUCCUGCAGCUCCAGCAGAAGGAGACCUGGGCGUACAACUUAAAUCAGGUUAGGGAACUGAUGACCACCUUUAUCGAUGACACCAUGAGGAAAACCGAUGACCCAGAGUUUACAGUUGGUGAGUUCCUUAAUUUCCUCUUCUCCAAAGAGAACUCCAUCUGGGAUGAGAAGUACUCUGAAGUGAACAACCUGAAUAUGAACAACCCGUUAUCUCACUACUGGAUCAACUCCUCCCACAACACGUACCUGACUGGCGACCAGCUGCGCAGUGAGUCGUCCACAGAAGCCUAUGUGCGCUGUCUUCGGCUGGGCUGCCGCUGCAUAGAGUUGGACUGCUGGGAUGGUCCAGACUACCCCAUCAUAUAUCAUGGCUGGACAAGAACGUCCAAAAUCAAGUUUGAGGAUGUGGUCAAGGCCAUCAACGAGCAUGCCUUUGUGACCUCAGAGUACCCCUUGAUCCUGUCCAUCGAGGAGCACUGCUGUUUGGUGCAGCAGAAGCAGAUGGCGGCCAUCUUUAAGCGGGAGUUUGGGGACAAGUUACUGGUGGAGCCAGUGGAGGAGUACGCAGAGCAGCUGCCCUCUCCAACACAGCUGAAGGGGAAGAUCAUCCUCAAGCACAAGAAGCUGAGCAUGGACGGCACCCUGGGGAGGAAGGACACUCGGAAAGGAGAGAAGCAGGGAGACCUCCUCAUCUGGGACCCUGUAGAUCAGAAAUGGAAUCGCCACUUCUGUGUUAUCUCAGAUGACAAGCUCUAUUACGCCGAAGACAACGAGGAAGACGAGGAGUUGGGGACAGUUGGUCAGGCAUAUGCGGACCAGCACAUCACUGAGCCCUGGUUCCACGGACGCAUGUCCGAGGGUCGGCAGACAGCUGAACGGCUCUUGCAGGAGUUCUGUGCGGACACCGGCGGGAAGGACGGGACCUUCCUGGUGCGAGAGAGCGAUACCUUCCUCACCGACUUCACCCUCUCUUUCUGGCGAGGUGGGAGAGUGCAGCACUGUCGGAUCCGCUCGGGCUCUCAGGACGGUCACAUGUACUACUACCUCACGGACAACCUGCACUUUCCCAGUGUGUACGCACUCAUCCUGCACUACAGGGACAGCCCGCUCCGAUGCCAGGACUUCAACCUGCGCCUCACCGAUGCCGUCCCACGGCCCAACCAGCACCUGCAGCAGGGGUGGUUCUACGGCAACCUGAGCCGGGGAGAGGCCGAGGAGUACCUGAUGAGGAUCCCACGCGAUGGAGCCUUCCUCAUCCGCGAGAGAGAAGAGCCCGACUCCUACGCUAUCACUUUCAGGGGAGAUGGUAAGGUGAAACACUGCCGUAUCCAGAAGGAGGGCACCAUGUACGUACUGGGUUCCUCCUCUGAGUUUGAGAGCUUGGUGGAGCUGGUGAACUACUUCCGGAAGUAUCCGCUGUACCGCAAGAUCAAGCUGCGCUACCCAGUGACCCGAGAGCUGGUGGAGAGAUUCAGCAAGGAGCGGGACUGUGGUUCCAUCUAUGAUAUGAAGAUGUACGUGGAGCCGAAUGAGAUUGAGUCUGCCAUGCCCCAGAGCAUGGUGAAAGCGCUGUAUGAUUAUCGAGCCACCCGGGCGGAUGAACUCACCUUCUGCAAAGGAGCUCUCAUCCACAAUGUGACCAAAGAUCCCCAAGGAUGGUGGAAAGGAGACUACGGGGGGAAGAUCCAGCUUUUCUUCCCAGCUAACUACGUGGAGGAGUUGUCAAGUAAUGCCAAGCCUGAAUUCCGAGACCCAGCAAUGGAGGAUAAUCCGUUGGGCGACUUGUGCAUGGGUCUGAUAGACCUCUCUAAGUGCAGUGUCUUGAGGUCCUCUAAGAAUGGGAUGAACCACGUGUUGAGUCUGAUGCCCAGUGACGAGCAGGAGGGCUCUCAGCAGUUUGACUUUGCCACGGAGACGGUGGAGGAGCUGUAUGAGUGGUAUCAAGUGGCGUGGCACAUCACCCAGCACAAGAUCAACAAAGAUUACGAGAUCAAGCAGCAGAAGGAGAACGAGACCAAAGACGUGGUGGCCAUUGAGAUGUCUGACCUCGUGGUUUACUGUCAGCCACGCAGCAAAGACAAGGACAGUUUCGUGAAGUACUCAUUUACAGAGAUCCGCUCGUUUGUGGAGAACAAGACCCCAGCUAAGAGCAAGUCCAAGGACUUCCUCAAGUACAACCGCAAGGCCCUGAGUCGGAUCUACCCCAAAGGUCAGCGCGUGGACUCCUCGAACUAUGACCCCUACCCGCUGUGGCUCUGCGGAGGCCACAUGGUGGCGCUCAACUUCCAGACAGCAGACAAGUACACACAGCUGAACAGCGCCCUCUUCAGUCUGAAUGGGCACACUGGCUAUGUGCUGCAGCCAGAGAUGAUGCGAGAGGAGGACUACGACCCCCAGCAGAGAACCUCAGUCAAGUACACCAUCACUGUGCGGGUGAUAGCCGCCAGACAUCUGCCCAAGGUGGGCCGCAGCAUCGUCAGCCCCUUUGUGGAGAUCGAGCUGUGUGGCCAAACAGACGAGAACAAGUUCAAGACUAUCGUCCGACAUGAUAAUGGACUGAACCCUGUGUGGCCUGCCCCUCCUGAGCCGGUCACCUUCACGGUACACGAGCCCGAGCUCACCUUCCUGCGCUUCGUGGUCAACGAAGAGGACAUGUUCUCUGACCCCAACUUCCUGGCCCAGGCCACAUUCCCUGUCAAAGGAAUCCGCUCAGGCUAUCGCUCGGUUCCUCUGAAGAACGGCUUCAACGAGACCAUGGAAUUGGCAUGUCUGCUGGUGUACAUCGACUUUCAGCAGGUGGAGAAAGCAGAGGAGGAGCUUUACUCAUCCUCCAGCCAAUUGCGUAAGAGGCAGGCGGAGCUAAGCAACGAGCUCUUCUUGUACGACGCGCACACCAACCUGCAACGCCCGGCGCCUCAACGCCGCGACGACCUCAUGCGGGAGUUCAGCACCAACGAGACGCAGCUGAUGAAGAUCCAGGACACCUGUAAACAGAAAAUAAAAGAGAAGAAAAUCAACAACAGCAAGUUCUACUCCUGAGAGAACGCCAAACCUCCAGCCGCUCUUUCCGGAACACACACACACACACACACACACACACACACACACACACACACACACACACACACAGACAAAAACACACAACAUUGCAUGACAUAACAAGGUCGCAGCUGUGUAUGAGCAGAUUGGUGCAUUUGAGCUGUUUUGAGGAAGUAGCAAGCCAAAGUUGGAGCCAAAUGCAGAAAUGCUGUGCGAUUUCACUCCACACCCAACGUGUGUUCUGGCCUCUCCUUCCUAUGAAGAACCCUCCGCCUGGUACUUAUCGUACCUACAACUUAACUAUAUUAGACACAGCCGUUCACUACUCUGGUAAUUUAAUUGAGGGAGGGGUGUGUUGGUGUGUGUGUGUGUGUGUGUGUGUGUGUGUGUGUGUGUGUGUGUGUGUGUGUGUGUGUGUGUGUGUGUGUGUGUGUGUGUGUGUGGGUGGGGGGUUGCUCAAUCCAGCUCCUUGGCACUCUGGCAGAUCUGGCUGCAUUAUCAGUGGCGCUCUUGAUGACCUUGAUACACUGUUCACCCAAUAGCUACAUUCCAGUCAGGUUGGACACUUCUGCACAGGGAAGGCCAAGGAGCUUGAUUUGAGCCUCAUGGCUUAAGUCAGAUAAUUGGGUGCCAUGGAUUUAAUGACCACAAAGUUACAUUUCAACUGGACGACUAGAGUCCUGCCUCAGUAGCCUACAUUCCUACUGGAAAACUCAGCUGAAAUCAAACUGUACAAGGUGUGUAAGCUUAAAGGAACUAUCAAAGACUUUCAGAGAACCUAGAAGCGCAUUAUGGGAUGCUGACCGGCAGUGGUACAAGAGGUAGAGCAUGUGCAGAGGCCUUCUUUGCCUGCCUGCUCCACAAACUUGGGGAUGGGGGGAGGGGGGUUAAAUGCUACAGAAAAAAAUGUGGUGGAAUGUCAUGUUUCUUGUCCUGUCUAUGUCCAAUAUUUCUUAUUCUGUAUGCCUAAUAAUAACAAUAAUAAUAAUAAUAAUAAUAAUAAUGAUGGUGAUAAUUACUGUUGUAGUAAUAAUAUUCCAUUUGUGUGACAGGUUUUUUUUUUUAUAGCUAAGUGUGAAUUAAGAAAAGAGGUUUUACUUGCACUCUGUCAAACUGCUGUGUGUGAAAAUAAACUGGUCCUCACUGUU